AUGGAAGGCCCGACGGAGAAUGACGAGCUUUACCCCAUCGCCGUACUCAUUGAUGAGCUGAAGCAUGACGACGUUCUUCUCAGACUCAAUGCUAUCCACCGUCUAUCCACGAUCGCCCUUGCCCUGGGGCCCGAGAGGACCCGGGAGGAACUCAUUCCAUUCCUCGAUGACUCCGUCGAAGAUGAGGACGAGGUUUUGACUGCCCUGAGUGAGGAACUGGGCAACUUUACAGAAUACGUUGGCGGCCCGGAAUACGGGCACGUACUCCUCUCCCCGCUGGAGAAUCUGGCAGCCAUCGAGGAGCCUCUGGUGCGAGAGAAGGCUGUGGAAUCCCUUAAUAAGGUUGGCGACCAGCUGUCAGAGAGCCAGAUCGAGGAGUACUUUGUACCCCUUGUCUUCCGUCUUUCCAAAGCAGAUUGGUUCACUUCGAAGGUCUCGGCAACGGGUCUUUACUGCACGCCGUAUCGGAAAGCGACCCCAGCACGCCAGCAAGAACUGCGUCAGCAUUUCGGCGCAUUGGUACGCGAUGAAACCCCCAUGGUGCGGCGACAAGCGGCGAACAACCUCGCCAAAUUUGUGAAGGAGAUGGAGACCUCGGUUAUUAUCGACGAAAUGAUACCCUUUUUCCAAUACCUGGCAGGUGAUGAUCAGGAUAGCGUGCGCCUGCUUACGGUGGAUAUUCUUAUCUCGGUCGCGGAGGAAAUCCCCAAGGAGCAGCAGCCCAGCCAUGGUGUUCUUUUGACAUCGUUGCGGAGUCUGUUUGAGGAUAAGAGCUGGCGCGUCAGAUACAUGGUUGCUGAUAGAUAUGAAAAGAUCGCCAAUGCUGUUCACGCCGAGGUGGUGACUCGUGAUAUGGUGCCGGCCUUUGUCAAGCUGCUGAAGGAUACCGAAGCUGAAGUCCGCACUGCAAUUGCGGGCCAGAUUCCGGGGUUCUGCCGCCUGAUCGAUGCCGACACUCUGCUCAAUGAGAUCAUGACUAGUGUGGAGGAUCUGGUGUCGGACCCAUCUCAGCACGUUCGCGCUGCCCUUGGUACUCAAAUCAGUGGCCUAGCUCCCAUCUUGGGCAAGGAUGAGACAAUUGCCCACCUUCUACCCAUGUUCCUUCAAAUGCUCAAGGAUGAGUUCCCAGAUGUUCGCCUGCACAUCAUUUCUAAGCUGGAGCAAGUCAACAAAGUUAUUGGCAUCGAGCUUCUCUCCCAAUCUCUUCUGCCGGCUAUUGUUCAACUAGCCGAGGAUAAGCAGUGGCGUGUGCGCCUUGCCAUCAUUGAAUACAUCCCUCUUCUCGCUAGCCAGUUGGGAGUCAAGUUCUUUGAUGAGCAACUGAGCGAUCUUUGCAUGGGCUGGCUGGGUGAUACUGUCUUCUCGAUCCGAGAGGCGGCCACUCAGAACUUGAAGAAGCUCACGGAGGUCUUUGGAGUGGAGUGGUCCAAGAACUCUAUCAUCCCGAAAGUCAUGGCGAUGGGUCAACACCCCAACUACCUCUACCGCAUGACCACCUGCUUCGCCAUCUCUACUCUUGCUCCCGUUGUCACGCUCGAUAUCAUUGAAAGCUCGAUCCUGCCAAUCCUGGACCGGCUGGUGGAAGACGAGAUCCCCAACAUCCGAUUCAAUGUCGCAAAGUCCUACGCCGUGCUGAUUGACACCCUGCGACGUCUGCCAGUGGAUAAGACCCUGACCGAGGUGGAGAAGUCUGGAGAAACGGCCACGCCCGCACCGCAGAGUCAAGAUCUUAUUCAGCAACGUAUUUUGCCCAGCCUGGAGAAGCUGCAAGGAGAUGACGAUGUGGAUGUCCGGUACUUCGCCACGACUGCCAGCGGCAGCCAGGAGGAGGUGAUGCAGACCUCUCCUUGA